AUGGCUGCUUCUAACUCAACAGCUCUAGUCAGCUGGCAGUUAGAAGACAACGGCCGCUCCACAUGGGCUCUGGUGUGGUCCUGUUUGGCAACGAUCUUUGCCUGUACCUGGACAGUCCUACAUCCGGACCUCCCUCGACGAAACUCGCCCACCGUGCGAAUAAUUAUUGCAAACCUUGGAUACUGGCUCCUCGCUAUCUUUUUCCCAGAGUAUGUGUUCGUAAAUGCUUCGUGUGCGCGUUACCGGGCAAUGCUCUUGAAGAAUGUGUGCAACGAGGCACAAAAAGCCCGGUAUCUUGAAUCAGUGGACCGGGAUUCUUGGUUGUCAAAACGGGCCAGGCCGCUAGAGCAAGUGCAAAAUCGAGACUCUGCUGAUCCCCACUCAUUCCGCACUGAGUGGACUCUUCGAAAAUGUUUCUGUAUUAGUGCUGGUGGGCUUGCCUUACAGAGCCAAGACGGAUGGAUUUACGUCCUCCGACGAAGCGAUAUGCAACCGUUCAUCCAGGCCGGCAUAAUCGAAGACAUCGAUUUUCACGAUCGUGAUGUUGAAGACCGUGCUAAAGCGGAUUCUUUGGGGAAAACCUUCACUGUCAUUCAAACCAGCUGGUUUCUCGCGGAUAUAAUAGCAAGAUGGGUAAACUCUCUGCCGGUUGCACCAAUCGAAUUGGCGACAAUCGCAUAUAUUGCCUGUGGUUUAAUGAUGUAUGCUAUGUGGUGGUACAAACCUAAGGAUAUGAGCACACCUAUCACAAUUUAUGUCAGAUAUGAUCGUAACAGUAUACCGACCGACCUUCUCAAUCACACGGCAACAAAUCCCCACGGUUGGGUCCACAUCUAUGCCUAA